GCUUUCAGGCUUGCUCAAUGCUCUCAACCUCCUCCAUUCCCAUAUACGAUUGACGGCUAUAUUUAGGUCGCGCUGUCCAUAAUGGCUCUCGGACAAGGCAUGCCGAAUUACAUUGUGGGAGAGGCGAAGAGUCGGAACAAACGUGCCUCUCCUGGGCCUUCCAUAUCAUAGAAGCUCAGUCACAUUGCGACAUCCAACGGACCCCAAUCUGCUGGUACAAAUGCAACAAUUAUACUUAUCAAUCAGGAAGGAGUUGCGGCAUCCAUACUAACCAUGUCUGACCUGUAUUGAGACGCAUGGAACUAUCAGAAUGGUCAUUCUCUGUCGUGGACGCCGUGGAUGGAUUGGUCUUGUCCGGUGUCUGUGAUUUGUACCGGCGUGUUCGGUGCAUGCUGGUCAAACCUUGAAUAACUUUGACACCUUCGCCUCCGGUAUCAUCGGCUGUGUACGUUCCAGGAUUCAAGUUAUUUGCUGCGCCGCCAUCUCUCCGUUCCCCCUUCAGCGGCAGUCAUCCACUAACCCAUGUCUCAACUCAGUCCUUCCAGGGAGCAGGUAGUAGACCGCUCGAAUGCGUCUUUGGAGUCCAACGACAAGGAAAUCACUCAAGUAACAGCAGUUGACCUUGAGGCUGAUAUUCCUGAUGGCGGCCUGCAAGCAUGGUUAUGUGUCCUCGGAGGGUGGCUAAUAUCGUUUUGCACCUUCGGAUAUGUUCAGUCAUUCGGUGUAUAUGAGGAUCUAUAUGUCCUUGCUGGCGCAUCAACACCGUCGAACGUCGCAUGGAUCGGCUCCUUCCAACUAUUCAUGAUCUUUGCUAUGGGUCUUCCUGCUGGAAAACUCUUCGACGCUGGUUAUUUCCACCAUCUGCAAAUAGCCGGAGCACUCUUAUUCGUUUUCUCGCUUUUCAUGCUUUCGCUCGUCGAUAUCUCCAAGUUCUACCAAAUAUUUCUUUCGCAAGGAGUGGGCGUUGGAAUUGGUUGUGGCAUGAUGUUCCUGCCCGCCCUCUCAGUCCAAGCACAUCAUUGGAAGAACCGUCGGGCACUGGCAAUGGGUAUCGUUCUAACAGGGUCCUCAUUCGGAGGCAUCGUACACCCGAUCAUGCAUAAUCAGCUCUUUCAUGGCAAAACCGGCUUCGCAUGGGGCGUCCGUGCUUCUGCGUUCUUGAUUUUGGGUCUUCUUGUCAUUGGGAAUUGUUUGAUGACCAUAAGACUCCCGCCCAAGAGAAAUGGUCCGAAACCCAAGUUCUCUGCUAUAUUCAGGGAUAUUCCUUAUAUGACCGCUUCCGUCGGGACGUUCUUCGUCCUUUGGGGACUAUACUUCCCUUACUUCUAUCUCCAGCUCUUCGUCGACCUUCACGGGCUUUCCGAGAACCUUGCAUUCUACACGCUGGCCAUCCUGAAUGCUGCUUCGGUCUUCGGCCGUACUAUCCCAAACUUGCUAGCAGACAAAAUCGGCAAGUUCAAUGUCUUCGUACCGAUCUGUGGCAUGAGCGGUGUCUUGGUAUUCGCGAUGUUCGGAAUCACGAACACGGCCGGUGUGAUCGUCUUCAGUAUUCUCUAUGGAUUCGCUUCAGGUGCUUUCGUCAGUCUCGUACCACCAACAAUGGCAACCCUAGCCCCAGAUAUCACACAAAUCGGGUCCGUUCUCUUUCCCUCUCAGUUAUCCCGAAUUACUCAACUCACCCUCCGAACCCGAAUUAUAGGAUCUACAUGGGCGUCGGCUUCUUCCUCACCUCCUUUGCCAACCUCACAGGUACUCCUAUCAGUGGUGCCCUCCUCGGAGACGAGUACAAAUGGUUCAAAGCCAUCAUCUUUAGUGGGGUGGUCAUGCUCGCUGGAACGGCUGUCAAUUUGGCUUGUAGGAGUAUGAUUGCGAAGAGGAAAGGGACGCAAUACGUUUGAAGUAGUGUGGCGGGGAUUAGGUUGAGUAAAUGAGAGAUGAUGUGGAGGGGGACGUUACGACUUUAUUCAUGGUUAUGCUGGAUUGAAUGUGAUCACACUUGGAGCACUAUUAAGUUAUUUGUCUGGACCAUCGUAUCUCAUAUUUCACACUGUUUCUGUAUGCAUUUUUUUUUUCGAGGAUCAAUUCAUGAAGAUUCCACC